ACGGCACUAUUUACUUUCCACCACGACUUCAGCAGAGAAACAUCUCUGCGUGUGUAGAGCAGAGUUUUAAUUUUCUCUCGGGACUUCAGAAGAAGUUUAGAAGUUUUAACGAUUGAAUCAAUUAUGGAUGGAGAUGUGGUGUCUUUGUCGUCCUCCUCAUCAUUGUCAUCCUCAGCGGUGGCCGGAACACAGACAGAUAUUUCACCAAAGAGUGACAGCAGCCUCCCCCAGAGCCAACAGGAUCACAAAUCAACUGAAGAAUUAUGGACAGAGGAUGUGAGUCCCGUGGGCGACAGGCUUCUGUCCACUGAAGAGCAGGUCACUCUGAUCACUGAGAGUAUGACUGUCACCUCCACUGACCAGGAGAAACUGCUGCUGCUCAACAAGAACACUGAGCUCCGCAGAGUCAACAAAGAGCUGAUGAAGCUUAAUGAGGACUGGGACCAGGUGUACCACAGUGCCAUGUUGGGUCUCCAACACAGACUGGAGACAUUGGAGCUGGAGAACACUGCCAUCAAACAGCUCAACAACACACUGCUGCUCAAAGUUGAGCACCAGCAGAGUGCAAAGGAGUAUUAUGAGCAGGCGUUGAUGCAAGAGCUGAAGAAGAACCAGGAGCUGCAUGAAUACAUCAGAGUGGUGGAAAGCAGAAUCCAUCACCCAGACAGAGACUGCACACCUGCCAAACAGGGCAGCUUCAGUGCUGUGAUACGUGGUCCUGUGUCGAGCCCCACCACCAAUACUCCAGUAGGUGCCACCCUGUCAUCUAGUCACGUCUCUGGAUACAACCCCUCAUCCUCCCUGUUCCCAGACUCUUCCAACCAAGAGGCAAGGCUGAGAGGAGAAAGCCGGAGAAGUGGUACCCCACUGGGAGCACUGACAGAAGUACAGGAUCUAAAAGAACAGCUGGAAGCACUGCAAUGUCAGACCCAGAUUUAUGAAGCCGAAUAUCAGACAGAGCACAACGAUCACAAACACACACUGCAGGAGAACCGGAGGCUAAGGAAGAAGAGGGAGGAGACACGCCAACAGGUGGCACUAUUGCAAGAGCAGCUCAAGGUGUAUGAGGAUGACUUCCGACGGGAGAGGUCUGACAAACAGAUGCUGCAACGGUUGUUGUUGAAGAAAACGCCUCCAAACAAGGACCCUGUGCUUAUUCACCGCUGCAAUAAUGAGCAGCAGCCACCAGGUGGAGACAAGAGGACACAAAGUGGAGAGAAAAGAAAACAGCACCACCCUCUCUGCCCCAAACACCCAAACAGAGCCAAAGAGUCCGACUAAGGGUCGGAGAAAAAAAACAAGAUCAAACACAGUAAAUUAAUAUACAAAUGUACAACUUUCAACUCUGUACAUUUUUUUCCUUCCAUUUUUCAGUUGUUAUUUACACUCACUGACAUAACUUUUACUUGAUUAAUGAACACAAAUUAAUGUUAAUGUUAAUAGAUAUAAUCCAACAUGAGCAAAUCUGCGGUAAAAUGCAUUGUUUGCCCUGUUAGGCUUCAUAAGAAAAAAAGGUUAGUUUGUA